UUAUUUUUUUAGAAAAAGUGGAGAGCGACAUGGAAUUUGACGAGCACGAAGACCAAGACCAAGAGGAAGAAGAAGAGGAAGAGGAGGAAAUGGAGUUCCCCUUGGCGGCGCCGCCGGGUUACGACUCGCUCGGAAACACGGCGGCCAGGACCAAAAUGAACGCUACCGAGGGAGUUCCUGUUGCAGCCUCCGUCAAUUCUGGUCGCAAAAGCGUGUCCACCGCCGCCGUCAGAUACCGAGAAUGUCAGAAGAACCACGCCGUCAGCAUCGGCGGCCACGCCGUCGACGGCUGCUGCGAGUUCUUGGCGGCCGGAGAAGAAGGCACGCUGGAGGCCGUAAUCUGCGCCGCCUGUAACUGCCACCGGAAUUUCCACCGCAAGGAGAUCGACGGCGAAAUUAACCCUUACCACCAGCAGCCGCGCUCGCAGCCUCAGCCUCAGCCGCUUCACCCUCAGUACCACCACCAAUUCUCCCAUUACUACCACCGCACGACGCCACCUCCCGCUGCCGGAUACCUCCACCACCACCACUUGGUCACGCCACCGGUGUCGCAACACCGCCCCCUGGCUCUGCCUCCUGUGGCGUCUGCCGGGGUUUUCAGCAGAGAAGAGGAAGACAUGUCAAACCCCAGCAGCAGCGGCGGCGGCGGCGGCGGAGGUAGCGGCAGUGGAACGAAGAAGAGGUUUCGGACAAAGUUCACGCCGGAGCAGAAGGAUAAGAUGCUGGCAUUUGCGGAGAGUGUAGGGUGGCGAAUCCAGAAGCAUGAUGAAGCUGCUGUGGAGCAAUUCUGUGCUGAGACAUGUGUCAAGAGACACGUCCUCAAGGUUUGGAUGCACAAUAACAAACACACCCUUGUCAAUAGGAUAAGUUGGAUUACCAGAGUUAAUUGUGUCUCAAGUUUUCAAAAGAAGAAAGGAACAAUUUGUAAUCUAAAAUUUUAAUUAAUGAAG